CUUUUACCAUUUGCUCUUUUGUUCAAGUCCAACAUUCUGCAUCGACAGUCAAGCUACCAGUACAGAGCUUACUUGUUUUCUAUACGUAUCAUACUAUUGAAGAUGUCAAGAAGGGUUGAAAAGGAGGCUUUAUUGGCAUCGUUGACUAACAAACUGUUUUGUGCAAUGCUUGAUGAGAUCGUUAUGGAUGCUGCUAUAGAGGCUCACCACGAUGUCUUGAAGAGCCGUUCAAUAUGCUCUGUAUGCAAUACUCGUUGUAAUGCGGUACACUUACCAGGCUCCACGACCUCUUCAUCACAAACCGUACCAUCCACGAGGCCAGGAACUCCCGCGUCCGCGGACAACAAACAAGCUGCUCAUAGAACUGGUACAAACACACCAAAUGGCGCAAAAUUGGACGGAAGCAAUGUGUAUUUGGACUGUGUUCAAUGCUCUCAUCCGAUUGCCUCAAAUCGUUACGCUCCACACCUUGCCACAUGUAUGGGGCUCUCGACAGCUAGACGAUCUGCGGCACGGACAAAUUCCAAGCCCAAACAAUCUUCCGAUCCUGGUAGGUCUGCAUCUCCACCUACGGACGAUGGGAACGUCUCAGAAGAUAGUCGACCACUCAAGUCAAAGAGCAAGUCAAAAAGUAAGCGAGCAGACGAAGCCGAGUUCAACUUGAAGCGAAAACGGGAUUCGCUAAAGACCUCGCCGCAAGUAUCUCCCAAUAAGAAGCAAAAACAGCAGAAAGGAUCCCCGGUGUCCAGGGUUAAGGCAGAACAUGACGGAAUGCUAUCAAUGCCCGCUCUGCCAUCUACUAACUCGCACUCCAUGGUACCAUCGAAGCUACGAGACUCAUCAACGGCCUCUUUCCUGGACAGAUCCUCACCGUCGUCUCGGGCGUCGUCACCGGAUGUUGGAUCCAUCAGGACAACAGUAUCUUCCUCAUUCUCAGGGCACAGCCCAACAUUUGCUUCUCGUGGUUCUAAUGCAAAGAUAGUGAAGGGCAAGGGUCCUCCCCGACCCAUUUCGAAGAGAAUGAGUCCACCCCGGCCUCCACCUCCUUCCCUUCUACCAGACUAUGUCCAGGAUGAUGCCGGCGACGAAACAGGCUCAUCAACUGACACGGACAGCUCCUGAACUGCAUCAUUGGAUCAUCUCAUUGGAUUAUGUAUGAUAUUGUAAUAUUUAACCGUUAAUACAAUUGCAUAG